CAUUGCUCUGGGCAGGAGUUACUUUGUGUCUGCUGACAGCAGGGCAGGUCCCACUUGUACACAGUCUGAUCCCAGGUAGGUUCUCAUCAGCAGGAUCUGCAGUAUAAAUGGCUCUGUUAGUUCUAAUUACUCGGGUUACAUUGUUUGAUUGCAUGCAUACAGCUACUACUAUUUCUGAGACAUAUUUAUAAUAUAUCAAAGUAACAUUUAAAACAAAUAGCAAAAUGUAAAUAAUUUAUACAUGUAGCAAUAAUAUUCUUAGCCUGACACAAUGAGUAUAUUGUGUUAUUAGAAGCAUUAUAAGUGCAUUGUUAGCAUGUUAUUAUUUAUUUAAUUCUCUAUUCUUUUAUUAUUCCUUUGCAUGAAAUAAUUGAAAAAUUGAAAUUCCAAAUGCAUGUGUGUAUUGGGGGAAAGGGAUCAUUGGGGUUUAUUUACUAAACUGCAAAUUGCUAUAUCUUGAGAACUGCCUGAAAAAUUAAACAAUGGGGCAGUAAGAAAAAACAACAACAUUACAACAAAUUUUUAAAAAAAAAUUUUUAUUCUAAAUUAUGUUAGUGGGCUAUUGGCUUGUCUCCUCUUUAUUCAAUAAGUGCCUUUUGCUCCUAUUUAAAAUUUAGUAACUAACCUUGACUGUGUUCCAGUGUGUACAGUUAGCCUUUUGGAAUACUGCAUGGUGUAGAGAAAAAUGAAUCUGAACGGUUGCUGGAAUUAUAGACAAAUCUGUGAUAUUGAAUACGUAGCGUAUUAUUCUUUCAGAUAUAGGCCCAGAGUUAAUAUUUUUGGAUACAGUUUUCAAAUGAUUUUUUUUUUUUUUUUUUUACAAAAGGUUAUGAAAAUGUAUCAUAUCAGUUAAUGAAAAUAUUUUUUAAUAUAUUAAAUUAUUUUAAAAUGUUAUCUGAAAAUUAUAAAAUAAUUUUAAAAGAUCAUCGAAAAACAUGAAGUUGGGUCCUUAAUUUGCUACAAAAAGUUUAGUGAAUAACCCUGUAAAAUGCAACGUUGACAUGACAGGCGGGAGCAUAAUUUAAAAAUCCAGAUUUGAUGCUUUAAUGCAGGGAAACUUAUAAUGAAAGUGACUUAUCAAAGUUCCAUGAUUUGAAAAGUGACGCAGAUUUCCAAAAUUGAGGCAAUCACCAUAAGUAUUAUCGAUAAUACAAUUUUAAAAGUUUGCACCAUUACUAAGAUCACAACACAUAGAUAAAUGUCCCCAUCUAGUCUUUUCUGGGUGAAAGGUCACAUAGACCAUGGCUUUGCCCUUGAUGUGAUGUAGGACACAAAAAAAAAAAUUAAAUAAAAAGAGUGUGAGUUAAAAAAAAAAAGUUACAAAUACAGCGUAUUUUUCCAGAUUCAGUAGGCAAAAUGGAGUGGGUGUCUAAAUAUCAUUGCAUACUGUCAAAAUACUUAAAUUUGACAACAACAAUAGAAAAACAGCAAAAUCAUUACGACAGUGCAAAUGGCAAACCACACGAGAGAGAACUUUAAAUUACAGUCAAUAGUACAUGUGAUUAGAAUAAAAGUGUGCGUGUGUGUGCUUUGUCCUGUGUGAAAUGUCUAACAAAGUACAGAAAGUCUUCUGAAGAUGGCAAGCAGGGAAGUGGGAAAUUGAGGGGGCACAAGGUCUGAGGCAAGGAUGGGUUGGGCUGGGCUGGUUGGUGAUGGAAAGAUAAGGUUAGAAGGUUUAACUUCUAAAUAUUAGGGAGAUAGGGGAAAAAAUGGGUUCCAAGUCUAUGGGGGAUACAGCAGAUAGCAAGGUAGACCCAGACGGCGGAGAAUGUCUGGAUAAGUCAACAGAUCCCAGGGUUUCGGAGGUCUAAUAGAAGGCUUUUUUUUUGUUCUUGAGUCUAGUGCCCUUGAGGGGUUCAUUUCUGAGCCAAGCCAUAGUAUUUUAAGGGUGUGAUCACAUUGUUCCACACCCAGUGAGCACUGCGACCCAGGUCACUCUGUAUUGUGAUUUGUUUCCUCUAACUGUGUUGGACUGUACUCUCAUCCUUUCAGAGGUGGAUAAAAAUUUCCAGAACAUCUCACACCCAACCCUGAUUGGCAUUUACAAGUAAACAAAAAAAUGGCUAGAAUUAAUGGCAGAUAUGACUUUAAUCAAGCUCUAUUUGAUGUUUUGUCGUAUUUUUAGUUAUUCUGAAACAGAAGAGAAAUGAAGGACGGUGUAAUUACAAUGCAGUGUAACCAGCUUCCAGGGGACCUGCUGCCUGAACAACAUGCACCCAAGGUACGUACACCAUAUGUCAGGAAGGCCAUAAUGAUUGCUGUUGCUUUGCCCAUGUGUGAGAGACUCUUGAGUUGACAUUCACUUGUUUUGUUGCACCCAUAAACUAUUCUAAUUCCCUGAUCUGGUGAAAUCCUUUUGAUAUCUUUUGGUUUAGGAUUUGAUCUAAUCGCAUCUUAAAGGACUGCUAUAGCACGCUGUAGUAAUUAUGGUGCCAGGAAUGCACUGAUGCUGUCACAUUUUGAAUGGUUUGAUGUAUUACCUGAGUUUAGCUGGGUUCUAUUCUAUUGCUAAGGUCACCAACCUACCUCUUCUUCUCUCUGACCACUACCUUCUACGCUACAAUCUUAUCCUGCCCCCCCACCCAACCACCCUCACGUGCUAAACCUAGACUUUACAGAAACCGGAAAUCCUUUGACCUGCAGCAGUUUUAUAUCAACAACCAGCCUCUCCGCUCACUGAUCUCUAGUACCACAUGCACUUAUAUAGCAACUAUCGUCUACAACUCUACCCUCUCAAGUGCCCUAGAUAACCUAUGUCCUGACACUGCCCACCCUGUCUGUCAAAGCAAACAUUAUCCCAAGCAUACCAAAUCCACCUGAUACUUCUAAUGUUGCUCAUGGGUGGCAGAAUGUCAUUGUAGGAAGUCUCGUAGUAUGGCUGAUUUUCCAACACUACAAAUUUAUAUUGCUUUCUGUGCCCUCUCUCUCACACAUCUCCACCUUAUCCAGUCUCUCUCACCCGCGACUGUCCCAUCUUUAACCAAAAUCUUCGAUCUCUCUCUUUCCUCUGGCACUAUCACCUUGUCCUUAGACAUGAACUAAUCAACCCAUAUUAAAUAAUAAAGCCUUCUCUAAACUGAGGAUUUUCCUAGAUAUUGUCCUAUCUCUGUCUUUCCCUUUACCUCCAAGCUCCUUGAUAGACUUGUUCAUACUCGACUUACAGACUUUUUUGAACUCCAAUUCCUUACUCGACCUGUCACAGUCUGGCUGUUCCUCUCCCAACAUUCCAGAGACUGCCUUGACCAAGGUGAAUAAUGACUUAGUGAUGGCUAAAUCCAAAGGCCAUUAUUUGAUAUUUAUUUUUCUUGAUCUUUCUGUUUUGACACUUUUCAUCACCCGCUUCUCCUCCUCACCCUUCACGACCUUGGCCUCAGUAACACAGCUCUUCCUACGUCUCAGACUCUCUGAGCAUCAUUUAUUGAUAUUGUUCUUGGAGAGCUUAAACUCCAUGGCAUUGUACUAUCAACCUUUCCAGCUUCUGCAGAGACAGCACUACUCUGAUGGCAUAAUUUAACUUUUAAUGUGGAUUUGGGAUUACCUUUUUCUGAAAUGAUUGAUUAUUCAUGUUGUAUCUGUUGAGAUUCACAUUAGAAUUUACCGCAGUUGUGCUAAGGCAAUGUGCAAAAUGUGAGGUUUAAAUCAGAAACUGUCACAUGCAAGACUUCUGCACAUCCAGAUAGCUAAUUAAAAGUAAAAGGAACACUAUAGCAUAGGAAUACAAACCUGUAUUCUUAACACUAUCCCUAUUUAGGUUAGUGCCCCCGCCUACUGUGUGUAAUAAAAAUGAAAAAGAUAAAGAUACAAUACAUCCCUUUCUCCAGCACAAAGAAGACCUCCGGCAUUACAUAGCAGGUGUUCGUCCAAUUGAAUGCUACUCCUCGAAGACCAUUGGGGACUGAUGUGCAUGCGCAGUGAACACUGGGUGAACAUUCAAUCAAAUGCUUCUCGCAGAAAAACAUUGAAUUCAAAGGUUUCCCAUGAGCUGCAUUUGGUCGUAUGAGCAAGUGAAACCCGGUCGUUGCUGCGGAAGCCCCUCUAAUGGCUGUCUGGAGGACAGACAGCCUUUACACUAGGGCCAUUCAUUCAGAGGAAGUGUCCUGGGUUUUUUUGUGGUCUUUUAAUUAUGGCUUGUGCGAUUUUUAUUUAUUUAUUCACUCCAUUUUAAAAUCUCAAUAGUCUUUAUAUUUUAGUUUACACUAUAUGUCCUGGCAUAGCUAGAGUAUGCCAAAUAAAUUAUUAGCCCCUCAUGUUGCAAUAAAAAUAAUGUGGCAACGACCGAACCCUAGACCAUGAGGUGUUGUGGAGGAAAGUAUAUAUAUUUUUUUACUUACCUCUGCUGUGCUACUUACCCCUGUAAAUGCUAAAGUUAUGUUUACUAGGUUGCAGGAAUGAGGAAGUGUGACUUUCAAAGAGGGUAAGUUCAUAUGGCUGGGGAUACCAACAGUCUCAUGAACAUUGCUUUGUUGUGGAUUCCAUGUACAGGAAGUGAUGUUAGACCAUUAUCCAGGUUAUCAGCUUAUACUGUACAGCAGAUCCAGGAUCACUUUAAAAACCUUCUUCAUAUGUUUAAAGUGAGUGCCCAAAGCAGUUAUGUUACUUUAAUUGACAGUUUCUCUGAUCUCCAAUUAUUUCAGAGAUAAUUGCCUUUUUAAAAGCAGCAAUCAAUCACCAUAACAGUUAUUGUUAUUGUACACGCCUUCCAUCAUUUCAAGUGGACAGAGAGGGACACUUUAAUUUUAGAGGUGUGAAUGGAGGUGUUUGCGGGGGUGGGGCGGUUCUGAGAAGUUUUAUGUGAUAUACUUAUAGUAUUUUACGCAAAUAAAAUGUAAUUUAGAACAAGAACAAUGUAUCUUAUUCACACAGACUGAUUCCUAAACAUUUUUCUAGUUUAAAGACACAUUGAUGUGUCUAUUAUUGCUGUGGAGCUCUGUUAUACAUUCAGAAACACCAAAAAUAGGGAGCUCCUAGAAAAGAUGGAUAUUAGGAUACAAAAGACGGACAGAGGGAUUUGGGAUCAAAGUAGGGACUGUCCCUCUGAAAUAGGGACACUAGGGAGGUAUGAAGUAGGGUCUUAUACCUGCAGCCGCUUAUAAAAUUCACUAAAGCCAUAAGGCCACCCUCACUCAGAGCCAUCACAGGAGGAAGAAAUGCUUCCAUUCUUCCCAAUAUAAGCACAUAUAUUAUCUUGAGAUACUGCACUGCAGAGAUUUCUGGGAGUUUAACUUCAAAUAUCAACAUCCUAAAGGAGAAAGCUUACAGGUGAAUUCUAACUCUAGAAAACUUCCUACGGAAUAAACUCAGCAUUGCAUUAGGAAUAUAAUAGAGCAUCAGUAAUGGCUGAGUCCUGUUCUAGUCUGUGCAGGGUUCACUGGAUAAUAUGCAAAUUCUGGAUCUUCAAAUGGGAGCAUAUUUUAAUUUUUUAUUAUUUCAAAUGUAUGUUUGCAUUUAUUUUUAAUGCCUCAUGGUGGCUGUCUCCGCAUUCUAUUGAAAUGUGUUUUUUUUGGGGGGGGGGGGUUUGGUUUUUUUUCUGUCUUAGUGGAUGCUGUCCCUUUAAAAUGAGAAUUAUGUAUUAACAGUCGUUCUGGAGAGAUCACCUUGGAGAGCUCCAGAAUUGCUGUCAGACAUAAACCCAUUGUUCUCACCUUUGUGCGAUUUAGUGGCUGAGGUGGAAGGCAUAAACCUGGCUUUUUGUUAGACUGAAUAUUCUAUCAAGCCUGGACUUGUCUUGGGGACCAGGGAAAUGUACAAAUGAAUAGACAGCAGGAGGAGCCAGCUUGUUAGUGUAAUAUUAUACAACAUAUUGCCAGGGAAAGUCUGUAUUUUUAAUGUAAUUGAUUGAUUGCUUUAUUGAAAAGAAUACAAUAAAAGAGGGGGAAGGGGGAGGAGAGAGAGAGCGUGUGUGUGUUUUUAUUUUAUUUUUCUUCUAAUGAUACUUCUUUUAUUUAAAAAAAAAUAAAAAAAAUAAAAAUCCGAGUGGUACAUCCUAAUAUAAUUGUGCUGCACACUAUUAUGAGAACUUAUAGUGUAGUAUUUAAUACAACAUAAAAUAUGAACCAAAUAAAUAAGACAGGCACUCACAAGUGAAUUGCACAAAAUAAAUUGUGCAAAAAUUGUGAGUGACUGUCUUAUAAAUAUUACAGUACAAGUGCCUUUGUACUUUGUUGUGUUUUUUUUCUUCUCCAUUUCCCUCCGUAUAUACAAUUUGAGAGUGGUUGUAUCCCAAAAGUGAUUUUAUAUUUUAAAGGUAAACACAUUUUUAUUUGUAUUUGUAAAUUUAGAAUAUAUAGAAUAAUUCCGGAGCUGAUGUUUUCUAGAAUUUCCACAAGUUCUGGUUAUAAGGAAUACAAGGUUUGUUGCUGUGAAGAAUAUCCGUGUAAGCCAUUGGCUAUUAGUAGGACUUGGCUCUUUGGCUCUUCAGCUGUAGUUGGACUGUGACUCUCAUUUUGCUCACCUGUUUAUUGCACAAUGGAUAUUCCAACUUUCAGCUAGCCAUAGCCUUUGAUUUUAGAAUGUGAGGAAUUUGGGAUAAAGCUACAGCUAGUGUAAUAGACGGUUAAGGAACUACUGAAUAUCUUUUCAACUUGGUUUUUAUAAAAUAAGUUAUGUAUUUUGUUUUUUUUCCACUCUCUCUAGAUGAUUACAUCUAAAAAGCCUUCUGAGGAAUUCAAAUUCUUCUUCAUACCCAAAAAAUUGUCCUCGUACCCCGAAGCUCGAAUACUCUCUACAUCAUCAAUAAAGAAGACCAGAAACUGGCUCGCACAUAAACCUUCAGUCGAGGUACAACAAACCAGCUCUGUAAAACUUGGCUACUCCAUUAUUAGUACGUGGUCUGCGAUUAUAGAAGAGAACUGCAGAGCGACCUUCUAUAACCUGCAAUUAUCUACUCUCUGCAGAGCAUUGUUCCCAAUUCAUUAUUUGGUAGCAACCAGUUUAGAGCCACUUUGUCACUUAGUCAAAUUUUAGUCUGUAUGUUAUUCACCGAACAUUGAAUUAUAGUAAAUUGAAAACUGCCUGGGUAUUUCACUAAACAAAGGAUUUUGUCCAGAUGGACAAAAUCCUGUGAAAAUUGCCUAAUUCCGACUUAAAUGGCAAUUCUCAUAUUUACUAAAGCCAAAUGCGAUCAGGAUUCGGUCUCCCAAAGCGAAUCUGUAGCAAUAUCCUGGAUGCAUUUGGUGUGCUGUAUAAAAUCUGUACUUUCACAUCUAAAUUCUGUACAAAGUAUAGGAUUUGGAGGAUUCACAAGGGCCCAUUUUUAAUCUGAGUAGGGAACCGAAUGUGUCCUGUAGGAUUCACAUUCUCAUAUGAUAAUUUUAAGUAGUAUUUGCCCACUAGCAGAAAUCUAGGUCAAAUGUAUGCUCAUUUGAGGCAUGAAUCGCAAAAUCCAAACAUUGUUGAAUAGUGUGAACAAUCCCCAAUUUUUGCAUUUGGACUUUAGCAAAUGUGAAAAAUUUUGGUAACAAUAGCUGAUUAGGAAAAGAAAAAAUCCAAUUCCUCAAGUCACAGUUUGGUUAUUUUAGUAUAAAUUUUGCAAACUGUGUUUAACAUCACUGCAGUUUGUUGUUUAGUAAAUAAAUCACACACACAGAAUUUUUGCAAAUGUAAUAAGAAUGGAAAAACAAAAGGCAAAAUUAGCCAUAAAGUCAUGACUAGAGCUGAGUUGGAAAUUUUUUUCAUAUCCACUCAUUUUGCUUAAGCUUCACUAUUUGGACUUAAUUCACGAAAAUGUGUUAUUUUGCGAAUUACCGUCUCAGAAUUUUCCAGAUCAGCUAUAUAUCAAGAGACAGCCACUAGAGGCUGGAUUAACCCAUUUAUAAACAUAGCAGUUUUUCUGAAACUGCUAUGUUUAUAUAAAAAAAAAGGUUUAGGGGGGCGGGGCCAAGCUGCUGAUCGAGACGGACGCACGUCGGAUGAGCUCCGACAAUCACCGCUGUAUUUUGGCGAUUUCAAACCCCUUACCACCGCCGGCAAACCGGACCACGGGUGCUACUAGUGGUCAUGGGCCGCAAGAGGAAAAAACAAAAGCCCGACAAGCCCAAAGCGGGCAUGAACAUAGGGGAUCUGCUCCGGCAGGCCCACGGAGUGGGUAGGCCCAAGAUGGCCGCCGAUAUGGACGAGUACUCAGCCUCAGACUCCUCAGAGGACUCAAUACUGGGGAUGGGACCCGCUAGGGUUCCCCUCACACCACAGCCCCAGACAGCUCCAAAGAACGCUGACUCGGCUCCGGUGACAAAUGCCACUCUGAAGGAGCUACUACACAGCCUCCAGCUCACUUUGCAAGCCGACAUGGCCUCACUCAGGGCAGACCUAACGGGCAUAGUGGGCCGCUUGGAGACAGUAGAGACGACAGCAGCCGAACAAGCCCAGACAAUCACCACUCUCUCGAGGGAAAUAGGGACCCUCAGGGCACAGCAAGCCACCUUGGAACAACGCUUGGCAGUGAUGGAAGAUGGCAGGCGCCGAAAGAAUCUCAAGAUACGGGGUGUCCCAGAGGCGAUCCCAGACGCAGAACUCCCGCAUCUGGUGAGAAGGCUGCUAGGGUCACUACUUACGCCCAAGCAGGCAAAAGGCAUUAUGACUGACGGGAUCUUUCGCAUACCGAAGCCUAAGAAGGCCCCCGAGACCGCACCCAGGGAUCUGGUUGUUAGAUUCGGCAGCAGCAGGGAGAAAGCAACAGUGCAGGCAGCAAUCAAAGGGAAUUCGCCACUCUCCUUUGAAAACAUGGCGCUCACGUUCUACUCAGACCUAUCUGGGGACACCCUGAAAUGGAGGAAAACUCUCCAACCACUCACCUCACUGCUACGCACCCACGCUAUCCCAUAUCGCUGGAGAUCACAGCGGCUACUCCACAUCCUGAAAGAGGACGCUGUGCACGCGGUCAGGGACCUUAAGGAGGCGGCAGCCAUGCUGGAAACCAUCGGCCUCCCACGAGAUGCGCUCGCCCAACAUGGCACAAGCAACACGGCUAAUACGCACACAUGGGACCCCACUAGAGUCAUCCCGUUUGUCCCUCAGAGGGCCCGCUCGGAUGCCUAUGCGGUGGCCACAACAUGAGGUGACGCAGGACUAUCCAGGCUACAAUGGGACAUCACCCACUAAUAUUUCACCUACGGUUUUGGGAUUCAUAUGAAUCUCCCUUUCCAUAAGUUUUUUGUUUGCUUUUUGGCUCGAUAAAUUGUAUAUAGUUUAUGAUUUCACCUCAGAACUGACACACAACAGAGACGGCAGGGCCUCUCCCCCCCCCCAACUCGAAAUUGAGACGACACAGCCAAGCGCAGUAGGGCGACCCGGCAGAAUUAACCUCGGUAGAUCUAACCCCCCCCUACGUCCCCAGCACGACCUGACAACUGAAUAUAUACCAGGUCCAUACAUAGUUCGCUAGACGGGUUCCAACAGCCAGGAUGGUAGAAACCUUAGGUUACACAAUCACCUAGUUUUUCACUCGACCAUUAGAUAGACUAGAGUAACCUGAAACGCUAGCCUAACUGCACUACAUACUAUUGGAAACCCGGGCAUCUUACAUAGUCUUGACACAAUAAAGCCCUAAGGAUCUAUGUUAACUAGCAGGUGAUAUGGUAACCUAUCCUGUCCCCUUUAAGCUAAACUAGCUGCAGGACAGCGCUAGGUUACUGCAGCCUGGUAUCAUUACAUUAUUUCUCAGACCUGUUUACUCCUUCGCUACACUUUAUACGUGACUAACUGUAUAUGGCUCUACAUGAUGCAUGCGAUCAACGCUUGUCUCUAGGAAAAAUUUAGUUUUUCUUUUAUUUAACCUCACUUGGACGACAUACCUACCGUGCCACUGUCGGAUUAGUGUGGGAACUGGUGAUACGCUGAUGUGGCGCCUACCUAUAGAAUGUUUCUUAACUUACUCGAAAUGUUAAACAUAUUUACUCUUAUGUCCUUACAUAAAAAACUAAAUGUGUACUGUUAUAUCAAUAUGCCUAUACUGUUACCAUCAUAGUUUACCCUUACCUCGCUAUGGCUGUUGUGGCACAGCGAGAAUGCUUGUUACCCUCAUGCACAUCAAAAAUAAAGAAUUAAAAAAAAAAAAAGGUUUAACCCUAGAAGGACCUGGCACCCAGACCACCUCAUUAAGCUGAAGUGGUCUGGGUGCCUAUAGUGGUUCUUUAAAUAUUGAAAAUGAUGUGAUAAUUUUCAACGAUGAAGAUGUUCAUAUUGCCAUAGUAAAGAGGAGCUGUCCACCAAGUACUGACACGUUUACUCAGUAAAGAGUGAAUUGUUAGGAACUCAAAUUUCAAAUAUUGUGCCAAAAUAGUCAAAUUAGGUUAAAAAAAUAAAAAAAUAAUCCAGGUCAAGUCAGUUUGGAUAUUUUAAAUUCACUUCAAGUUAAUUUUUCAAUUAAUUUUGCAUCACUGGCAAUUCAUUAUUCCGGGACAUUAAGCAAUCAGGACAAUUGCUCCAUUGUCACUGAAUUGCUAGCAUCAUUGCUAGUGUAUCAGUGAAGGAAUGCAGUGACAUUUGUCACCCCAACAAGCAGCAGACAUACUUGCAAGAGGCUCUUCCCUAUGUUUAAAGGGUCUCUAGUGCACUGGGGAAAGAGAUUCUCUUACAAUAAGCAGUUGAUAGUAAGCUGGUACUUGGGAUUGAAUGAAUGUAUGAUUUGUCUGCUUUGGCCAAUAGGAACCCAUUUUUGGCUCAUGGCCGAGGAGUUAAGAGCAGCUGUAUUAAAAGAUAUCUGUUAAUAUUUCCCAUUCAUUUAUUUUUCCCAGCUGGUGUUGGACCCAGAGAGAGAAGACAUUGAUAUAAAAACCCAGAAUAUUUUGGACAAAGCGAAUCAUUACAACCAGGUUUGAAAAUAUGUCUACAUUUAUUCGUAAAUUAAUACAUUGUGUGUAUUACUGAUAUAGACGAUCACACGGCACAAUAUACUUUUUACAUAUUACAUAAAUAAUUAAUUUGAACACACCUAGUAAAUAUUGCCGGUUUUCCCAGAUUAAUUCUACCUCCUAUGCUAUACGUUAGAACCAGGAACUGGCUGAAAGAUUUUAACCCACUUGCUUGUUUUUUUUUACUGAUUUCUUUGAAUUUAUUGAGCAUGAAUGAAUACUUCACAUUACAUGCACACUUACUCAGUCAUUUCUUGUAGAACUGACUGCAGAAGGUUCACAAAAGCACCAAGUGUCCGUGAGCUACUCGCUGGCAUCUUCCACCCACACGCAUGUGAUGGUCAGUGAUAUUUUGGCUACAUGAAAAGGUCUGCGGCAGUUGAUUGUGACCAAGUUCUCCUGUACACAAUGCAUUCAGCUUGUUAGUGCACAGUGUACGCACGCCAAGUGUUUAAGAACUUGGAUGGAUAAUGAGGAUCUGAUAUUUCCUUAAGUUAAAGGAGUACGCUUUGGGCAUCAGGGAAUCCUCAUUAUAAAAUGUUGUGAUAAAAAUACGAGGGACUACAUUCAUAGCUUCCAAACCCUGUACUCACUACUGCCACAAUCUGUUCUGGUUAGGGUGACGGGACUGUCCCUGAAAUCAUCACUAAUAGGACAUAUCUUUAUGUCUGUAUACUGUGUUGGCAAAACCUGAAAGGGAUAAAUGGAAGUUUUGAAAUGGCUUUUACGAAGUCUUCUCUUUGGACGCUACCAUUUUGUUAGACAAAAGAAAACAGUUACUGCAUCGAUUGUGUAAUUCUUGUAUGAUAGUGUCUUUACAAUUAGGAUUACACUGGCACAAAAUAGCUUUAAUUUUAUCUGUUUGUAUUUAUUAUAUAGUUACCUGGUUUGUUUGAUACAUUCAAAUACGUUUGGGAAAGAGCCACUGGGUUUCAUCAGCUCCUUCUUGUAUUUUGCAGAUGCUAGAGGUAUUUUUCAGACAAGAAGACCUCCUUGAAUUACGUCGGAAAGAGAUUCAGCACAAGAGGUGGAGCGACAAUGUUGCAGAACCAUUAAAGAAAAUCAUAGCGCGUCAUGUUGAUGGCGAGUCAAAUGAAGACCUUGAGUGGCGAAGACAGUUUCUACUUGAACAGUAUGAAGAGUACUUAAAAUACUGUAACAGCAAGGUAAGUAUCAGUAUCCAAGACUUCGUUUGCACACCUUGUGCAAAUUAAUCUUCCCAUAAUAUAGUGUCAAUGUAGACGAAUGUGUAAUAACAAACAAUGGAGUAAAACUUAUGUACCCUUUUACAUUUACACUAAACAAUACGUUUUUUCAAGGAAUUAGCUCUGCUGACUUGAGAACCCACAUGCAAAAUUAGAAGUUUAUUUAGUUAACUUGGAAUUGUGAAGAUUUGACAAGGGAAUUUCAAAUCUGAAGGCAAUAUUCCUUAAUGGAGCAUAGAAAAACUAUGCUAUUGUCCUAAAAUUUGCAAAGUGCUGUUACGUUCUCCAGUUCAAGAAUAAACCCCUAGACUAAAACAUAGGGAUUUGGAUAUUUUUUCCAACUCUGGUAGCUUGGCCCUAAAGUGCCAUUUUCACUUUUAAAUUUCUGCUAAAGGUAGAAUGUUAAAAAAUUAAAAACUUGAACAUUGUCUUGUAAUUACAUUGAAACGCCAAUGUGAACAAAGGAUAGUAGCAGCUGACGGUAACAGGCACCCAGGGGCGGAGUUAUAACUCACAUGGCCUGAGGAAUUUAAGGGCAAUAGGAGAUCAAGCCCCCCCCCGCCCCUCCCCUUCCUGGUGUGAGAAUUUUUGGUUACUACUAUUCUUCUCCCCCUUCUUUGUGCAGUCUUGACUACCACCCCCGCAGUUGCGAUUCGGUUGUAUUGAUUGGCGUUACAUCCGGAUUCUGUAACCAUGAAACUGACAAUGGACACACAGCUUCGCUUGUUUCAUGAUUCAGAGUUCCGUUCCUGGCACAAAAAAAAAAAAAGAGAUGAUUGAUGGGGAAAAAAAGAUGAUUGGGACAGCCACUAAAUGUUUAUUUUAUUCACAAGACAAUUGAGAAGUGACCAACAGAGGCAGAAAAAACUCUUUAUUAUAUAUUUAAUAACAACAAUAAUAAUAAUAAUUAUAUAUAUAUAUCUCAUUUUCUUUUACUGCUUUUUAAUUUUUCCACUUUAUUGGUUACUUCUGCUCGUGUGUGUGUAUAUGUGUAUAUAUAAUUUAAAUGUAUUACAUUACUAAAAAUAAGCAAUGGGUACCAUCUAGUGCCAUUACUUGUUUCUGUUUUGUAUAUAUUUUGCAGUGCACUUAUUGGCCAAUUUUGACAUUUAGGAUUUCCUUAAAAUGAUUCUAUGGAUGAAAUUCGUCCAGCUGAAAUGAGGCAUGGACGAAUCCUGAAUUGACAAAACCAAAUGUGUGUGUUUUAUUUUUGGUCUGUCUUGUCUGAAUCAAUUUGGUUAACGUCUGGUAUAUGGCACUAGAUGGUACCCAUUGCUUGCUUUUUGUAAUGCAAUACAUUUUAAUGUAAUGAUUUUGUUUUAACUUUAUGUACCUUUUUUUUUUUGGGACAUCUUCUAGGGCAGAGUAUUAAUGAGAGAUUACAAUUCCAUGGAAUACAACCCUUUCCUUUAUCAAUUCCGCAAGAAAUAUCUCAGGGUAAGAAAAUUUAUACUGAUUAUUAUUUCUGUAUCAGACUAUUACAUUCCUUGAAGGGGUUUUUGUCACUCUAAUUUGGGCUUAAUUGAGGAAUGAUCAGAAUUAAGAUGGAAUUGCAAUUGUUUGUCAAAAAUAAUUAAGCUGACAGGUGUACCUUUUGACAGUUGAUAUUUUGGGCUAAAAUUAGUAAUUCCCUUGUGAAAAUUCCUGCUUUAGUAAAUAAACCUCACAAUCAACACUUUGUGCUGUAAACAUGGUCAGUAAAAGUUGUACAUACUUGAAGAUGGUCUAGGUUUUCUCCACUGGAAUUGGAUUAACUUUAAUGUCACUUGUUCCAAAAAGAAUGUCUUCUCUUUUCUACUUCAAACACCAAAUUCAAUAAAAGAUAUUUCAUGUAUAUCUGAGCACCACCCAUUUUUAGAAUUUCUUUCUCUGUUCGUCCUCCUUACCUCUUGUCAUCUUGUCACCAACUGCCUCUCUUGUUGCUAACUUGAAUUUUUAAACAAUAAACAACUGAAAAUUAAGGAUUUCCAAACAGAAUUUAUACCCAUUUCUCCUUCAAACACCAAACUAUUUUCAGGUCAAUUGUGCCAUCAACACCAACCCACAAACUCACCAUCUUGUUGUCGUUUAUAUACUCUGGCCUCUACAUAAUUACAAAGAUUCUCUUAGUCAGUUAUGUUUUAGUUUGACUGUUUUGGAUGUAAAUUUGAAAAUCACUUUGAAUUCCUAGCUAUUCUAGUAUUAUGUAUGAAUAUCCCUUUUAAAGAUUUCUUCUUAAAGGUAUAUUGCACACAUUUACCAAACCUCUUGUUCAGGCACUCUGCUUCCAUCUCAAUUACGGCAAGGUCUUACAUGUGCUCAAAUUACCUCCUUACAAUGCUUGGUGAAUGUUCCUUCCAGUAUUGUAUGCCUUUCCUGGUCUCUGCUUCUUACAGUUCAACCCUUAAAUAAUUCUCACACUGGCAUCUUACAUAGUUACAUAGUUACAUAGCUGAAAAGAGACUUGCGUCCAUCAAGUUCAGCCUACCUCACAUUUGUUUUUUGCUGUUGAUCCAAAAGAAGGCAAAAAAACCCAGUUUGAAGCACAAUUUUGCAACAAGCUAGGAAAAAAAUUCCUUCUUGACCCCAGAAUGGCAGUCAGAUUUAUCCUUGGAUUAAGCAGUUAUUACCCUACAUUAAACUUGUCAUCUAGGAUGACAUUUUCAAACCCUUACAAAGCUCACCCCUAGACAGGUGCAGUUGUCCUAAAAAAAAAAAGGACACUCCAGACCGCUGGAGCACUUCAAUUUGCUGAAAUGCUUUGUCUGAAGAGUUUGUCUUUGAUUUUUAUUCAUUCCUUUUUUUUAUUUUUCAAAAAGUGCAGAAUUCACAGAAAUGGUCACUUUUACAAGUUUACCUUAUUACACCCUCAUGGCUAUCAGUCAGACAACCGGUCCUGUUGCUUCUUGCUUUGGUUAGCUCAAUGGAGCUAAACUAAAGAGAACGGCAAUAAUGUAUUCUUUCCUGGGGUCCAGUUGGGCUGGCUGGCAGGCAAGCGGCAGGCACAGGUAAAAGGCCAGUGGUCAGACAGCCAAUGCGGGCUGCGAGGGAGCUCUGUCAUCUGAGCUCUUCCUGCUGCCGGGAGCCGUAAUGACGUCAUAUUCCAGCUCCCGUCAUCACUGCGGGCUGCCCACAUGGUGAGAGGCUUGAACGCCUCUGGGGGACCCUGAGGUGGCCAGCUCUUGGGUCCCCCACAAAAGAGACUAACAGGGCACAUGCCAGGGUGCUUGGGGGGGCACCGUUUUUUGCUGCCCCCCUCAUAGUGUCGCCCAAGGACCCCGCCCAGACUUUCUGUGGCUGUCCAAUCACAGACUUCCUAUUCAUGCUCAACUAGAAGUCUUGCAAGGCAACAGCUUUGAGCAAUUGCUGCCUCUUGGAUGUAGCUCCUCUGAGCUAAACAACCAGGAUGUAACAGGACAAGUGGAUUCAUUUGUAAAAAUGUAAUUUUCUAUUGAAAUAUGUACUUUUUUUUGUCUGGAGUGUCCUUUUAAGGAUGAAUGCAGAUAUCCACUCUCCACACCAGUCCUGCCAAAUCUGCAAGUACAGCUCAUCUCAGUCCUUGUUUUUUUUCAUCUGUCCUCAUUUCCUACCCACAUCUUUUGCUCUGACAUCUUCCAGAAUGCUAUACAUGCAAAUGCGUUCUCACAGGAAGUGCAGCCUCCUGGGGGUUAAAGUGACUUACAUCUUUAUACCUUGCGGUGUCCCGAUUACCUGGCAUAUGAUGGAAGUAAGAAAAAAAACCAUUACUUUUAUUUUUUUAAAUAGCACAACCCAUAACUAACGGUUAGUUAAGUAAAUCCACAAAAUGGCAACUCCCUUUUUAAAAAUCCCCAAAAAUAUAAACCCCACCCCUCAUAUAUGAAGUUCCCAAGUAAUUCCUGUACCCACAGCGGUCUACCCUGUCUCACCUGGGACAGCUUGUUCUCACAAAGUCUUCUGAAACUCUAUCAGACCUUCUUGCUCGACAGCCCAUGUGUCACCAUCCCUUCAGGAUACACCGAAAUAUAAUUCUUGUGUAAUUAUACCUUACUUCCUUUAGACUGUAAACUUGCUCAGCAAGGCUUUGGUUACUUAUUCUUCGGUAUUUUUUGAUUCUUUAGAUAGUUACUUGUAUCUUUUGUUUACCUGGUUACAGUGCUACAGAGUAUAUUGAUGCUUUAUAUAUAAAACUACAGUUUUUUUUUUACAUGAUAGUAUCUAAUAAAUAUUUAACCACUUUGUUAUGUUAGGGCAUGCUAUGCCAUCCUACAGAAGAAGGCUUUUAUGCCGUUAGGGCAGCUAAGCAUGCCUUAACAAUCUGGCCCAGAUACUUACCAUCCAUGCCGAUCACUAUCUGGGGACUUGUCUAAGAACCCGGGCAGUCUGCAUGCAGUGAGUAGAGCUAAUCCGAGUCAUUGUGAUAGAUAAAGUGUGAGACACCAUUUUACAAACAUGGUAUGAUAUGUUGUACUCAUGAGACAUCGCUGAACAGAACUAUGUUUUAGGGCAGUAAAGCUGUAAAACGUAUCAGGACUAUAUUAUCGGUGAAAAUGCAGUUUUUGUGUGUAAAAUGCAAAAAAUAAAUAUGACCAUGAAUUUUGGCCAGUGUUUGUGAUUAAAUGGCUAAUAAAAAAGGCUGGCUAACACCUUUUUUAAUACCCUGGCUUGUUUACUUUUGAAAAUGGUAUGCCAUGAUGGGGGUAAUUUUCAUUCCUGAGUUGCCUUACGGUCUCAAAGAUAAUAUGGACCCAGCAAACCAAUCUGGCAAAUUUCAAUGUGUAAAAAUGGAAAUGGGUAAACUCUUUAUUUGACCCUGUAACUUUCCAAAACACCAUAUAGCCUGUACAUGGGGGGCAUUGUUGUACACAUGAAACAUCACAGCACACAAAUAUGUGUAUUUUAUUGCAGUAAAAGGGAGCAAUAUUAUGACAUUCACUGUUAAAAUGCAUGCAGAACUUGGAAAAUAUAAUUUCUUAAUUUCUCACUUUUUUUUUUACAUUUUAUUCAUAUCAAAUUAUGUUUCAUAUAUAAAUAUUUGACGAGAAAUAAAAGCCCUAUUUUUCUUGAACAAAUGAUGUAUAAUAAAUGUGGUUGCACUUAAUAUGAAAGAGGUAAAUCAUGGUUGAAUUUAGGUUUUGAUUUGGUUAGACCCUUUACAAUUGCCUUUGCUCUUAUGGGUUUACUGUGUAGACAGUAGGUGAUAUAUAAUAUAUUGACACAAACUAACAGAUUACGUUUUUUUUUUUUUUUGAUGUAGGUGUCUACACCAUCAUUUCGUGACCCUCUCCUUUUUCAGAUUCUGAGGAGAAUAGAAGAUGAUCGAAUUAACUUGUAUUGUGAAACCGGUACAUAUUGCCCUAGCAGUCACAUAUAACCUCUUCCACAUUCAUUGUUGUCUGUAUCAUAAAGUGUAUAUUAAAGAGCACGGUUGCUGUAGAACUAUAAAAACUUAAGUUUGUGAAAAUAUAUAGGUAGCUGUAGUUCUGCAACAGCCAAUGUUUUAAUAAGGAUAACACUAAACUGUUUGAAGGAAUUCCAAGUAAAACGUGAAUUUCAAAUUUAGGCUGAAAUAGCCAACUUGUGACUACAAUGCUAUUGGGGAAUUAUCCCAGUGCCCUUUUAAAUUAAACUUUGAAGAAUCAGUUUUCAAUUCACAAAUUGGAGUUUAGUGAACUCCAUAGAUUUAAUUUAAAAUUUUGUCAAACAUUUCGGCUUUUAGCUGUAGCCAAAUUGUCAGGAAGAUAGGGAAAAACAGCAGGGCAAAUAAUAUUUGAGAUAUAGUGUCAUACAUUUCAUCUUGUACAUGUCUUUUCAUAUCCACAGGUAGAAUACAUUCUGCUAAGGAAAUCAAUGCUUUAAACUUGCCACGUGUACCAUUUGGUCGUCAACACGUUAGUUGCAAAGAUUGGCUGGAGACUCCACUUACUUACAUAGAAAGUGAAAUCAGACAAAAAAGCAGGUAUGAGGUGGUAGAUAUAUUGUCUUUUUGAUGUCUAGUUGUGAUUACCAUAUGAUUAAAAAUAAAACAAAACACUUCCUUAACUGACUCUAAAUCUGCUGCACAUAUGUCAGUAGCAGACAGACCCCUUCCAAAUCAGGAAGAAGCUCCACCAAUCAGGAUCAUUUCAUUAUGAUCUAUGGGGUUUUAUUGUUGAAGGAACACUCCAAGCAUUAUAACUAGUUCAGAGCACUGUCCUGGUUAAGAUCGCAGGAGCGCCCUGGUGCCACCCCUAAAUGUAAGUAGUCAAACAGUUUUAGAAUGGCUUGUCUUCUUACUUUGGGUCUUCCGGAGGCCGCUUCCCACUUCCAUCAGCCCGAAACUCUGUGUGAGCUAAACCUAGCAGUGCAGGCCUUAGCUCAUUGGUUGGUUGUGAGUGAUCAGGUGGAGCUCUCAGUCAAUGAGCUGGCCCUACUGCCCAUCUUAUCUCAAAAGAGCACAGAAGUUCCCCAGCGGAGCUUCUAGCUAAUGGAGUGGUGGCCAGUGAACUUCAGAUGAUAAGCAAAACUGUUUUAACAACUCACAAAACAGAUAUGAAUUCUAGAGAAAAUGAUGUUAUUUUGAGUAACAAUGUAUUGAUCUGCCUUCAGACAUUAAUAUAAUACUGUCGUCAGAUUCAGUCAGUCCCCAACAAACCCUUCUAUCAGUGAGAAGAGAUCCAAAUUCAAAACUAUGCUUUCCGAUUCCCUUUACACCCGUUCCUUGUCUCCAUGUUUAAUAUAUAGAGAAGAGAGAGAGAGGUUGGACUUUCCUUUGUUGUAGGAAGGUGCAUUUACAUCAAAUGGAUUCUCUCCUUAAACUAUCAAAACUAUAAGACCUCAAUGACACUCUCCUAGCAACCUACAUUUCUACCCUCACCUUUUGUGUCACAUUAUCCCACUGCCUCUAGCAUGUAAGCUCAUUGAGCAGGACCCUCAAUCCCUCCUGUGUGUCCAGCUCAUCUGGUUACAAAUACGUUUGUUAAUUCACCCAUUGUACAGCGCUGCAGAAUUUGGCGCUUUAUAAAUAAUAAUCUGUUAUUCUGUGCCAUUGGAUUAAAUUUCGAGUAAAUACUUUAUUUGGAAAAUACGUUUCUAUCACAACUUUUAAAAUGUAUUUAUUACAGCUUGUGCUUGAUAUUAAAAGCCAUUAAAUAUCUAGUUUAUAUCUAUAUAAAUAUCUUUAUGAUAUUAAAAGCCAUUAAAUAUCUGACACUGUAUCAAAUGUUUCAUUGUAGACGAAGAAUGAGAGGAACAUUUAAUAAAGUAACGAUGGACUUCAAAGCAUGGAAUUAGGCCAGGCAUUCUCCAGUGUUCUGUAACACGAAGUACCGUAAACCUAAAACUCCGACCAGACCUCUCCCCCUUCCAGCAUCCAAAAAAGCCUGAUCUGGUAGUCAGGCAUCUGAAAUAUUAUAGAAGCAACACUUAUUCUCCCCAUCUCAGGCAUUUAAGUUCUGUCAGUAAAGACUAAGAUGACUUUGAAACAUUUAAGGAUAUAAGAUAGGAAGUUUGUACCCAAGUCAAUUACCAGUUGCUACCUUAAUUUACCUAAUAUGAAUACUGAAUAUCUGUAGUAUUGCAGUGUUAUCCAUUUUAGUGUAAUUAAGAUUAUAUAUGUAUAGUAAGAUAGUCAUUAGAUUAAAUAAAUUAUAUCAUUCACCAAGGGCAGUUUCUUUAGUUUUUAAAAAACAACAAAAAACAUCAGAACAGUUUAAUGCUCCGUUAAAUGUAAAAUAAUAGUAAACUUAUUGUAUAAAAGAAGAAAUAUUAACAAUCAGUCAGUUGCUGUUAACUGAAUGUCAUACGUAGUGAAUAUUCAGUCCAUUGGUAUUUUGCAAUGCUAGAUAUAUCUUUAAGCUGAAUAACAUUAUAUUUUUGUAAUGAAUGAUGAAAACACACACUCACAAUUAAGUGCUUGGCACUUUAAGAGACCCAUGUCCAACUGUUUAACUGCCUGCCGUGACAAAGUCCUUUCUUAUCCAGCUCGUUUCAGUGGAAAAUGUAUUGUGCCGGAUGGAUCCUUAAAAAUGUGACCCGGGUUGGAACAGACUAUGAUUUUAAGGCAAUGUAGAAAUAAUGCAAUAAAAAAAAUAUAUAUAUACAAAAGCAAUCAAUUCAAAAUAAUUUAAAAUAUAAAUUUCUUUAAUUUUGUAAAAAUCCCCAUGCAUUACCUCAUCAAGCUUACGCUCUGACCUCACGAGAAAGUAAUAAUCAGAAUCAUAUCUGUGCAAAGCUGUCUCCUGUGUGAAGUUAGAUUAUAAAAAAAGAAGCCAUCAAAAUUUCACAGGAAGAAAUAAGGCUUCUUCUCAGCCUACAAAACUUGUCAGACUUGUAUAUCUCUAGCCCUAUACCAGUGGAUGGGCUUAAAAGCUACUCAUCUACAGCUACUCAGGCCUAAAGGUUACUCACCAGUCCGGAGGGUGCAUGGUGCACUCUCCAGGGCUGACAUUUCACUCACUAAUGGGCAAAGGAAAAUUGAAUGAAAUACAUUCACCUGUUUUUGUUUUUUUCAAUAGACGAAUAUACAGAUUAUGAGUUUAGUAAAUUUAAGUACAUCGAUCUAACAACCUAUGGGGUCUCCCUUGUGUUCCUCUAAUACUGUCCAUGAGGUUUGGAAGAUUAAGUCAACGGUGCGCCCAACUUGUCAACUCGUCCACCCACUGUAAAGCGCUGCAGAAUUUGUUGGCGCUAUAUAAAUAAGAACAUAAUAAUAAUAAUAAUAAUAAUGAAGCUCAGCUUUGUAUAGCUGCCUACACCACUGUGCAGGGAUGUAUGGGACAAACUCAAUGCUAUAUAAAGACAAGUAAGCAUGCUGACUGGCUGGGUCACUAUGUGGAAUAGGCACUGCUCACUGCAGGAACUUUCAAUGGGAGAUUUUUUACAGGUCAAUCUUUUUUUUAUAUAAUUAUUUAACUAUUGAGAGGGUUUCCCUAUAGUAAUUCCAAAACAUCUAAAUCUUCAUCGUCCUAUCGCGCGCGCGUGUGUGUGUGUGGAAUUACUCUUGUUGACCACUCCUAUCCAAAUCUGUCCAUUUAACACAGAAACAUUUGUUUCAGACACUUUCCUGAUGCCUUUCCAAAUUUGCAUCAAUUCUACCCCCCUUCUACUAUAGUCUGUUAUCUAUUACGGAUGUUGUAUCCUCUAUCACUGUGCCUUUAUUUCUUGAUGUAUUUGCUUUCAAUGUUCUGUUCUCAUCACGAUGCAAGGUCUCUAUUUAACAAAUAUUAAAGACAUUUCUGGGCACACUUGCAGGUCGGGACAAAAAUACAAGAGAAGCCAUACAGGGCACUUUCAUUUUUAUGUACUUACUGACAUUACAACUGAAGCACAAAGGCCAGGCUCAAGAAUUGGCAAUAUCAUUCUUCACGUUUAAUAAGAUUCCAAAAUAGAAAUUUGAUAUAAUUUCACAAAUCAUACUUUCCUUCUCUGGGUAACAUAUCACUUUAUAAAAAAAAAAACUGCCUGAUCUGAGGAUCAAAACCCCCCAAAAUAAAACAAAAAUUAAAUCCCAAGUCUUGGGUUAGUACAAACUAGUCAAAAACCAUAAUAGCAAAGUCAAUUUAUGUUAAAAUAACUCAAGUCAAUAUAGCUUAACUGUUAAAUCAUACAAAAUAAAAAAAACUUAAAUACAUUUUACAGCCAGUGUUAAUCACUUCAGAAAUAUUGCAUUAGGCAGCCUGAGGAAACAUAUUAAACCAAUAAAAAACCAAAACACAACAAAAUGCUUUUUCAUUGCAAUUAGGAGUUAAGGCAUAGGUAUACAAUCAUGACACAAACCAUUAUACGCACUGUAUGUGUGUAUAUUAUAGACACACACUGCUCAAUAUUUCAAGUUCUAUAUUCGUGGCCUGGCCGAAAUGUUAUUUGGCACAGGACAGAUCCUCCGGCAGUUUGACAGCUGUGAAUUGGCAAGGAAUCAGCAAUGUGCAGUAUCUAACAGUCCCUAGUGUGUACUGGACCUUCUAUGCCAAAUAUUUCGCAGCAAAGGCCAUGUAAGUCAGAACCAAAUGAAAGAGAAUUAGCUUUUUUAAAACUGUCACAGUGAAGGUCUGGUGGCCGGGAGAAGAGCAGGGAUGGUUAGAAGCAUUCCCUGUAUGCAUGCAGAUGUCGGAUGACCGUGUGUGACUUCUUAUAGGCUGCUGCUUUCAAACAGCACUGAGUAACCUCAUAGGCAGUGACCGGACCAUGAAUUUCCACUUGCUCUUGAUUUGUGGGCAAGUGGAAAUUUUGAGCCCCAUACAUCAGUAAUUUUCCCAGAGUUACUUGAUCAGUUAAUGGAGAAGUAGCAGAAAUUCACUCGUAAUUCUUAAAAACAAAUAAUGCUGCUGUUUCUGUUUCAAAGGACAAUAACAAAUUUGCCUAUUCAGGGGACUAUGGAGAUUUGAAAAGGAGACUAAAAAUCUGUAGCCAACUUGUAAAAAUAUCCAAGUUGGUGAUUUUUCCAUUUUGAACUAAAAUUGUCAGUUCCCUUGGCAAUUAUGAGCUUAUCUCACUUUAGUUAAAAAAAAAACCAAAAGUCAGAUUUGUUAACAUUAUAUGUAUUUUUUACCUUUUGAGCUUUACAGAUAUACCAAUGGCAUUUAACUUUGAUGUACCGAAUGCAAGGAAAUAGCAUUUCGUGUGGAAUUGCGCACACAAAAAACACCUUGUUUUUGUGCAUGAGUCAGUGUUAUGGUGACAUGAAAUAAACCUAAAUUAAGUAAAUCGUAAAGGCUACCCAGUUGUAAGAGUCUUAAUAGUGGUUCGUAACCCCUGAGUCUAGACCCCAGCUGUUUAUUUUAUAUAGCUAUGUAGAAUUUAUUCUCUAGGAUUAGGAGAACUAUAAACACUGUUUUAUAGAAACUGGUAUACUCAACCAAUUGCACUUUAACCCAUGUGGACUACAUUUCCCUUUAAUGCCACGGAUAACCUUUAAAUUCAGGGAUUAGCACCCUUUUGGGACUCUUGAAGAAUGCUGCAGUCAAUGCUUGUUAAUAACAGCAUACUUCAGGGCAAAGAAUGUUGGAACCUUUUCUGUAGCAGUUUAAAUACCUGAAUGUUUUAAGUUGGUUGUCAAAUCCCCACCCAACUCACUAUUUAGCAAAUAUAUGGGACAGUGGGUUACUGGCCAUGUCGCAGUUCCUGAUUGGAAAUGGUCACAGUGGGUUCAUUUUGGGGUCUAGGAGUUGGAUCAAGAAGCAAAGGAGAAACUGUGUGUUUAUUGAAUAGCAAACUAAAUUGCUCCUUAACCAGGUGACCGGCUCAGCCAACAAAUACUGUUUCAACCAGAUACGAGUUUGUAUGAUAAUGUGAUGCAUUAAAUUCUGCUUUGUCAGAUCAACUCAGACCAGAAUAACUGUAGUCAUCUGACAGAGCAAUGUAAGUGUCAAAUUUAAUUGUAAAGAAUAGUAACCCAGGUUGUAGCUGUAUGGCGCCACGGAACUCAUAACCACUGCAGGGUUUGAAGUUUAAAUUGUCCCAUUAAGCUGAAUAGCUUGUUAGAAUGGGUCAAACAAAUAUGCAUGGGGAGUAUUCAUAUAUAGGACUGAAUGGAAACCAGAAUUGUUUGACACUGACACCAUGGACUCUUCCACUGAGCUCUCUAAAUGUCAGCUGUCACAGAAAUCUCUGCCCUAAGAAACCUUGUGAUGUCUGCAGAGAACCAACCCAAUGACUGCAUGCCAGAAAGCAUUUACUAAACCGUGAGAUGAGUGGGGAAUUGUGACAUUCUGAAGAAAAUAGGCUUUUAAGGAAACAUUUGAUAUAGCGUAUCACUGACCAGCAUGCUAAGUAUUACCUUGAAAUUCUGGUUUGUUUGUGGCUCUCAAGGACUGUAAAUAUAAUGUCCCUGCUUUAAAUAUUGCACUGGGAAUCUCAUCAUUAAAGCUAAUUUUCCAACAGAUCUAAAUAUUCCUCUAUCUACUGACCAGGACUGGCCAUUCUGAAUUAUGGUCCUUAAAAAAAAUCAUUUUAUAUCUCUGACUUGUUUGGGGCACUGAACCUCCCAUCCAUCCUAUUUACAAGAAAUACAGUAGAAAUGCAAUAGAUACUUCUCUGGAACUAUUGUUCACAUCUUCCAUUUAAAUCAGACCGUAGCUUGUGAACAGUUUUUAUAAAAUCUCUAAAAUAUGAUCUAUAUCACUAUAUUGCACUCCAUAAUCAUGAAUAACCCUCAACAUGUAGGAUAUAUGUGUGCUUCUUUUAAGCCAUUCCUAUGAUCAAACUUAAUAGUGAUUAUAAAUCUCACUAAACUCAAAAAGUAACUACGCGUGUUUAACUGACUAAUUAAACAUAUACACUUUCAUUUACAGCAUUCUGCAGAAGAACACUCAAAUGUAUUCUAUAGCUAUCUGUCAUUUUAAUAUUAUACAAAACCUUACAUAAACAAUGCACUUAAAAUCAGGUCAUAAAUUAUUUUCCCAUAGGGAAGCAAUCUUGUUAAUCUGAGCUCCUCCAGAGACAAGGCACUCUCUAGUUGAGAAUUUCGCAUAUCCAUAUGUCCGUCUAUUUAUAAAUAUAUAUCAUUGUCUGUCUAUAUAGAGAGAGAAAGAAGAAAAGUUUCAUAGAAUUUAAAGAAUUUGUGCAAAAAAAAAAAAAAAAAAGGAUUCUGACUAAAACUAAAAAAGUAAAAAAUGUCCUGGAAAUAAAGGUCCUACUGCGGAACCAAAAACUGAAUAUUCCAAGUUCUAAGGCAGGAUCGUUACUCAAGUUAUCACCUAGAUGAAUUUCCUCCAGAAUGACUGAAACAUUGCCUGUCUUAAUAAAGUGACUGCAACGGGACCAACAUGUUUGCGAAAGAAGAUCAACAUUACAAUAGGACCAAAACAUUAAUGAAGGAACCAACUUGUGGCCUUUCGGCUACAUGACCUCUAGACUACCUAUUGGUCCUCCAGUCAACUGAAAGUUAAGCAGGUUGAUAAAGGUCCUUGGAAUUGGAGUGCAACAUGGUCGAAAAAAGUUAUUUCAAUGGGACCAAUAAUAUCAGUAAAAGAUCCAUAUUUUGAUUCCGUAGCAGAAUUUUCAUUAAUAUGAUGGUCUGGAUAAAGGUCAUGUAAUACAAACAACAUUUUACCCAGUCUGAUAAAGUUCCUGCAAUGAGAUAUAAAACAUAAAAUGAAAAAAAGAUCCAUAUUCCGGUUCUAAUGCAAUUUGAUACUUUUGAUAAAAGUCUCUCAAAAGGACUGAAACAUCAAAUUUCCUUUUUCCUCUUUUCAAUGGAAUCGAGUUUUUUUUUUUUUUUUUUGCACAGUUCCUCUGAAAGCUCUGGAUCUUUUUAUCUAUGUCUACGGCUGCUUAUGAUAAUGCCCAGGUUAUAUUGCAAACCAAAACCAUGGUGUAAAUCUAGAUGUGUUAUUGUCUAUUCACAUGUGCACUCAAUCUACAUAAACGUAAUAAACCCUGCUAAUGUCAGCUUCUAUGCUCUGGCAAGAAAGGGAAAAGAUAUAAUAAAGGUUUAAAACGCUCCUAAAAUAAAAACUGUAAAAAAGAAAGCACUUGCUCAGUAAAAGGCACUGUGACAAUGGCUGUUAAUUACUGGAUUUGCAUAGGUAGUCUGCAAUGAACAAGACAAUCAGGAGAAGCUGCAUCCAGAAACAAGACAGUCAGUCGUGAAACGGUUCCAGAAUGUCAGUACUAAAGCAAUCUAAAACGUUGGUUCACAUUCCACCAAACUACCCUUAAGUGUUCAAUCCAUCAGUGGAAUGUACUUCAGCUAGAAGAGCUGAAGGUCAAACCGCACCCAUACUUCUCC